GUCUAUCUAUAAUGUCACGACAGCAUUGUAAAAUUAUCGAUCGAGCAGUCUUGAAAAGCCGAUUGUUUAUUAUCUCGCGUGAAUAUUAAAUAAAGUUUAUCCUACUAAUAAUUUUGUAACUUAUUGGAAUCUUAGCGGUGUAAGAGAUGCUUGAUGCCGGGGACGCGCUCGAGGGUUAAGCCGGUGUCGGCAGCCGAGCCCUCAGCCUCGGAUGAAGCGUCACUGCUGGAGAUUCAUCUUCAAAGGCAGUUGGAGGAAGACAUAGCUAGAAUAUUCGAUGAGUCUAUAUAUUCCGAUCUUGAGGUGGUCUGUGGUAAACUAAAAAUCCUUACUCACUCUUGUAUACUAAAAGCACGCACGAAAGAAUUUUACCAUAAGCUUCAAACCAUUUUGCAUGUGAAUAUUGGGCGCAGUACCUUCGAUGAAAUUUAUUCCUUCGUCAGCGAUGUGUACACUGAAUGCAAUAUCAGAAAUCAGGAGAAAGAAAUACUGGCAUACCUGAACGAAACAUUUAAAGUUAUAAAAGUAGUACCAAAAAAUAAGGAAGAUUCCGAGGACGCUGAAAUAUUCUUAACCCCCAAGUGUUUAAGUCCAUAUAUUGAAAAGGGCCAGAAAACUAUAAGCUCUAGUCCAAGCACAGAACUAACAAAAGAAUAUUACGCUUUGGUCCCGAUCGAUGGUAACUUAUUAGAAAAAGAACUAAUAGAACAGGAUGUACUAUCGAACGCAUUCCAUUCUAUUAUAAAGACACAGUCUGAUAAUUUGAAAAGAGCAAAAUCUUCGCAGUGCAGUAAGAAGCCGACCUCGUUAUCUCUUAGUUCUAGUCAUACAUCCAAAACAGUGAAACAUUCCAACAGUUGUGAUAUUUUAUUUAAAUGUCAUGGUAAAGAUAACGUCGGAUCUGAAGUGAUAAGAGGUAAUGAUAUAGUGUACAACGGCGCGGUUAGCGUAAGCUUCAGCAGCCAGACGGGUCCGACGCCGGCCGACGACAAGGGCACGGAGCCCGCAUACUCACCCGACAGUCUCAUCACCGACGAGCCCAGCUCCUCCUCGGACUACUUGUCGGCCGCCUACGCCUUCUCGCCCGGCGCCAGCUCUUCGGCCGCCCUCCCGCCGUUAAAUGUUGGGGACAAUAUCACCAAAAUGGAGAACAUAUUUACUUCAUCCGACUCCGGCUUGGAGAACACCGGCCUCAUGGAGAGCCUUACCAGUCAUAAAGAUGUUACGUUAACCGACUUGUCUCUUACAGAGAGCACUUUACACGACUUGACUAUAGAUGACACCCAUUACUCCACCUCCAGUCCACUUAUAGAUAAUCACCCGAGUCACAGAGUAAAAGCAGUGAGUGCGGGCAAUGCGUCAUCCGUGAGCACGCACUCUCUCCCGGAGACCAAUGGGCAGAAGAUAAAUCAAUCGAACAAGCAUAGAGAUGCAGGUUGCUGCAAAUCAUCCAAGGAAGAAAAACAACGCCAGAAUGAAGAAAUAUUUAUAAUGGAGUCGUCAUCGUUAUCUUCAGAGACUGGCUCGUGGGAGUCAGUGUUUCCACCAAAAUUAGCCGAAAGAGAACUUUGUGAAAGAUUCUUAAAAAAGGAACGCCAGCAUACAUUCGCCGACGACGUGAAAGAGGAUUUAUGCCCCAGUUUAGUUCAAAAAUCUCCUUUUAAGUCAACUUCUUGCUUCAUUGAUGCUGCAAGCUUGGCUGAUGAAGAAGAUGAUACUAUCAAAAUACAAGUCCAUCCAAUAGAACCUGCCACAAUUUUAAAUUCGCAUAUUCUGCCUACGCCUAGUCAGCCAGUCCCUUGCGCCACCUCCAAACAUGACAUGAGUCCAAACGACUGGUCCGAGAGCAACGACAAUGAAGACUCCUUGGAACAACCGGAGAACAAAGACCCAGAGUCGGCACAUAAGGACUUAUCUCCUACCAUUUUUGAAAUGACGCCCAUAACUGAAGACUCUCUGUGCGUAAAUGAUGAGACAGCCUUACGCGACCAGCCAGCGGCGGAAAGCAUAACGGCUACCGUCAACGAGGAUACGUCACACCAACCCCAAGACACGAAUACGUCUCUAUCCAGUACCAUAUUUGUAACAAGUACUCCACAUAAUUCUAUUAUGUCUUUAAAUGUCUGUACAGUGAAGCAGUACAACUCAGAAGAAAGCAGAAUAGACUCUUCCACUUCCGGAUAUGAAAGCCUAGGAAAUAUGAAAAAGCUUCAGAAAUUCAAUGAAUCAUCGCCUAUUGUUUCAGGGGGUGCAUCUAUAGAAGAUUACUUACCAUUAUCGAGUAGUCAUUCUGAUAGUCCCAUGCCUAGAAGAAGAUUAGACAAUAUUCCCAUAGUAUCUGGUGCUUAUGUACCUCCACUCGAAGAAGAUAACUACAGAAAAUCCCCAAAGCCCUCGUCCUUUGCUUCUGCGUGGGUAGUUGAUAUGUCAAUGAGCCCGAAAUCGGAUGGUGAGAGAAGCACAUCUAAUUCUCAGUUUAUUGCAAAGAAACCCUGCGAUAGAGCGUGUGAAUCUUUAAAAAAUGAAUGUAUCAGCAUUAACGAUAACUUAAAUAAAAGCCGAAGUUCGCUAGAUUCUGAUAGCAGUGAAAAAUCAAGCCACAAAUUCUAUAUAGACUUGUCAAGUUUACCGGACCCCUUACCACCAAAAAGUGACCAUGAAGUUGAAAGUUCUAGUGAAAAGAAGAAUAUAUUUUCAAUGUACAUCGAUCUAGGCGAAAAAUCUACGUUAAAGGAGAUGCCAGCCAGGCUCUCUUGCUCUUUGAAUUCGAAAAAGCAUACGACUACUGAUGUUAAGCCUAAAUCCGUUGCAACUAAAGUCCUCAAAGGCUGUACUGACAAUUAUGUAUCACCUGCUCCAAACAACAAAGAUUCUAACAGUCCCGGUACAUUUGAAAAAUAUGAAUCGCUCUGUAAUGACUUAAAUAUCAGUAUUUCCGAGAUAAUACGCUGUCCAGCGACUGAAACAAAAAUCAAUGCUACAGAAAUCAACAACAGCAUUACGCCCGAUCCUGUUAAAAAAGAAAGACCAUCUCGAGUUUCCGGUGUAGAUAAAAGCUCCUUCCAGCGCGACUUGGUCAUUCACGAGGAGCCCACGGGGAUCGACCAGUCCGGCGACCUAUUUGUCAAAUUGUCUGACUUGGAUAAACCGGCGCCGAAAAGUGAUGCAACAAUAAUCACCACCAUGUAUGAAGAGUCAGUUUCGAACGUCAGAAUGACUAGGUCUAUUCCGGAUAACAAUUGGGGGAAUCAAAGCGGAAGCCUUUCCCGACCGAUCGAUAUUAUAAGUUCAUUUCAUUCGGAGAACGCUUUGAGUCUGAACAGGCUGUUUCCCCACUUGAAGAACGAGUUCAGUAAGAGCAUGCCGGGGUCGCUGCCGAGCAAAGGGCGGGGGCGCGCCUCGGGCCGCGAGACCGACGAGCCCGCGUCCGACGUGUCGGAGCUCAGCAGCGUGCAAAGCAGCGUCUGUCGCUCCAUCGUAGAAAACAGCACAACAGAAGAAACAACCAGCCAGACUUCAAGUCUAAUAGGAUUCUGCCAGUCGCGACUAGGCCAGGAUCUGUUGCGAAUGUUUCUCGAAGAAAUUACCCCUGAUGUCAUCGUAGAAGUUUCUGGUAGACGAAUCAAGGCCCAUAAGUGCAUUUUAUCGUCUAGGUGCCAGUACUUCGCCAGGAUACUGAGUGGCGGCUGGGUGGAGAGCGCGGGAAAUGUGAUAGUUUUGCCACCGUUCUCAUACAACGUGGUGCACUUCGCGCUGUGCCACAUCUACUCGGGCGUGUCUCGGAUCCCGGACGCGAUCAGCAUCGUGGAGCUGGCCACGCUGGCCGACAUGCUUGGGCUCGAGGGGCUCAAGGAGGCCAUCAUGUUCACGCUCAAGGCCAAGUACUGCCACCACUUCCACAGGCCAUGCGCCGUGUGCACCGCCGGUGUGUUGGAGUGCUUCCCGUUGUCGUCGGUGUACAGCCUGGACGACCUCUACCGCAAGUGCCUUAAGUGGAUCACCAAGUACUUCUCCAAGGUGUGGCCCACCAAGGCCUUCGCCACGUUGCCCAAGGAGCUGCUCGACAAAUGCUACCAGCAGCAUAUUAUUAACCUCACCACCGAAAAUCUGGUCGACACUGUGUUUGGAUGUGCUAUAACUGUGGAGUCUCUGCAAAACAGUCGUUGGGCAGAAUGCGUGGCGCGCAUGUGCCGGCGGCUGGUGAACGCCGCGGCGCACUUCGCAGCCCUGCGAUUGGUGGCUGUACUGCGCGGCGUGCGCGCUGCCGCUCCCGCGUCCGCGCCGCCCGCAGCCUCACAGGCCCUGCAUGACUGCAUCGCCGCCGCCAUCGAGUGGGCGCCCUCCGACGAGACCGCGCGCGCAUACGCGUACCUCUCCGCCCUCCCCGCGAACGCGGACGCGGCAGCCGCCGCGCAACGCUCGCGCCCCGAUCUCAUCGCGGACGGCGCGCGCCAUCCCCCACCGCCGCCCGCCGGCGAUCUGCUGUUCGCGCACGCCGCUAGCUGGCGACUGCAGUGCGAGGGUGCGCUCGUUCGCGCCGCUCCCCGCGCUGUGCUCACGCAAGCCUUCAAAGAGCUGCCGCCCGAGCUCAGGAAGCGGCUGCGCGAGCUUGGCUGCAUUAUGUACGGCCCGCAGGUAGUGCCGGCCGCCUCGCCGCUGCAUGAUCGCAAGAGCCGCAGCGCCUACCACACCCGGCCCGUCCGGGGCCCCACCGCGGUUGCAACGCGGAGCCUUGACAUAGACCACGUCCGCGAGUCGUUCGUGCCGUACGCGCCGCGGCCCUCCGCGCACCUCGGCUCCGUUGACACCCUGAAAAGCAAUGGCGACCUGCGCGACCGGAAGCCAAUAAAAGUGAUGCCUCCUAAAAUCAGGACGACGAAAGCGCAGGAGGAACGGGCCAAAUAUAAUAUGGCAAAAACGAAUCAGUCGCAGGAUCGGCUGCCCAGCAGAGGGGGGCGACCGGUUCAAUUAUUCGAAAAUACAAAACCGAGAUACUUAGAGCCGCGAAUGUACAAAGAGAGCGAAAAGAAAUCGCCUGCGACCAAAAAGCUGGUGAAUAAAAUGAUAUCUUCGAGUGAGUCAUCUCGGAACUCCAGCCCGAUCCAAGCGCGGGUGGUGCGCGCGUCGCGCGUGCGGUCGCGCGAGCAGGCGCUGUCGCAGGACAGCCUGGCCAGCGCCUCGCGCCCGCGCACCGCCGAGCCGUCCACCGACUCCCUCAGCGAGUCUCAGAACAGCAACAAAUACGCUACAUACACUAAAAGAAAAUACACCACGAAAGGCUCCGUCGAAUCGAUCCAGUCUUCCAAGUUUCAAAACGCUUUGAACAAUAAGAUAAAAACAAAAAUACCUGUUUAUCUUAAUCAAAGCGGUAAAUCCCCACAAGCUACCAAACAAUCACAGCCUAGCAACAACAUCGAGCCCAUGAGGCGAGUCAACCAGCUGAACAAAACCAUUGUAGCCGGCAACACGCAACGCCGAGCACUCGUCGACCGGAAAGUUCCAUGCUCUCUCAUGAACGCGACUAAAUCUAGCCAGGCCAAGAUGGUCACGAAGACGGCCAAAGAGAAGCAGACGAAACCCAAUACUAGGAGCAUUCGAGCGGCCGGUAAGCACGCGAGCCGACAGGAGCAACACGAGCAGGCCGCGGACAUCCCCGUCAUGCAGCGCUCGGGGACCUUCCUCAAGGACGAGCCCACCUUCGGAGAUAUCACUACCAACAUCGAUGUAGACCAGUAAAAGCUAAGUCACGUAUCAAUAUCUAUUUAAAAUUAUUAUCCACGCUACCAAUACCUGUUGAAAAAAGGCCUUUUCUUCGAUAGCUGAAAUCGCUUAGCUUAGAAAGAAAACUUCCCUAUUUUGGUAAUAGCAGUAGUAGUCUAGUCAAAUUAAAUUAAAAAUCAUAUUACUUUUUGACAACCAGGUUUUUUAACCUAAUUUGACCCUGCUGAAUCCGCUAAUCUGGUUGCCUCAUCAAAAUCUUGACCGGAAGUGAGAUAUUCAAGAUGGCGUCCAAUAUUAUGCUACGUACGAGACCCAUAUUUUUUUUAUAAUCAUUGCAAAAAGAAACAGUAAUAAUAACACAAGUUUUUGUACCUGUUUGCCAUGGUUCGAAAUAUAAAGAUAUAAAAAAUCGUCACCAUCACCACAUCCAAAUUUAAGGUCUCGUUAAGACACAAAAUGUAGUGGAAGCGAUUUAUUUAGUCUUAAUUCUUUGUAUAUAUUAUUUUUUCAAUUUUUUAAUAAUUAAAUACGCUUUUGGGACAUUUAAUCUAUGUGCGCAUAAUAACUAUAAAAGUGUGGGUCGGGUGAACGGAAAUAGCUCAAAAUUUCCUAUAAAACUUUUUGGAAAAGGACAGUAAAAGCACAAACCCACGAAUUGCCGGUUUUAAUUUUGAAAUCUGCCCAUAGCGUUUAUCUCAGUGCAAUCUCGUAUGAUACCGAGUGUCAGUGCGUGUGAAAGAGAUUUCACACGCACUGACAGUCGGCAUCAUACUCUCUUAUUCACACAUCGUUCAUUCAACAGUUCGUUCUGUCACUUACUCGUUCAUUCCAUAUGUGCCAAUCAUAGACCUAGUAUUAUAUAUAUAGAUGUGCCAUAUGCGUGCGCCCGUGAGGGAUAGAAGAUACGCAAUGCGACAAAAUUAAAAUCACGUUAUAACAUUCCUGAAAACAGUGACAAUAUAUCAAAAACAACUUACGUUAUUUGGUCGGAUUCAUUGUUACCCACCAUAAAAUCGUCGGGCAACGAAAAACGUCUACGGCACUUUAGACAUUUUAUUAGUAGGCAGAAAGGAAAAGUGAGACUAUGACAAGGACUUACAAUAAUAGCACUUGCUCUGCUAUUCCUACUGAAAGUUCCAUAACGGCAUCUCGUUCAGACUUCUCCCCCCUCUCCCAUUUCAUAUCUAUACCUGUAUGGUUCCAAUCCGCGCAUCCUACGUAAGACUUUUUUGGUGUAAAAAUGCGUCUAAUAGUAUGAUUAAAUUGGGAGUGUAAUGUGUCAGUGUAAAGCGUCUGCUAAACGGUCACCGAUAUGCCUCAGACCGUCUGGCCAUUCUGAUCUUGGUCCAUGGUUCUGUCUGAGAUGUCUGGCUAGACGGUUGGCAGACCACAUUGUGUUCAGAACUCGAGGUUAGACAACAUGGAUUUUGGCGCGCAAAACAGCCUAUUGAAAUUUUUUAAACGUGGCGUGGCAUUCGCGCGACAUAAAAAAAGAAAACGGUGUGGAUGAAAAGCUGUCAUAAAUAAGAUUUUGGUCAAAAAUUUAAUUUUUGAUACAAGCUUAUUUAUUUAUUUAAACAUUAUAGUUCGUGUCAGCCGCGAUGAUGCGCAGAUUUGUCAAACCUAACCUUUAAUAACAUGGGAUUACGAGUUCAGGCACGCGUCUUCGUGAAUGACACGAUCUAUAUUGCACAAAAUAAAAAAUUAUGUACAAAUGGAUUCCUAAUGGCAUUCUCUACCAGUCAAACAUCGAGCUAAACGUGUAAAAAUCCUCUGACAAACUAGCCAGCCGUUACAAGUUGAAAAAAUCCCAACAGUUACCACCAAACCGAGUUGGUGGUAAAAAAUUCCUAACUGUUACCAGUGGUAACAACUUGGUGGCAACUAGUGGCAUACAGAAGUAAGAAAUAAACAUAGAGUGCACACUGCAUACAUCAGUUUUGUUACCAAAACGCUUAUUAUUUUCGUAGUCGACAUCGAGCAUCACGUAUAAAGCGGAAUUAUCAGUACUGCUACUUGACAAUCGAUGAACGAAAUGUCUAAUGCUCGACAAUUUGCAGCUAAUAUUAUAACCAGAUUAACCAGAACUCAAUUUUCGACUCCUUCUCUUUGUAAUAUUAGUUGUAAAUUGUUGACAAAUACAAUUUUCGUCAGUCGCAAACCCCGAGACAUCUAAGUCUCAAGUAGCGGUACUGAUAAUUCUGCUACUCGAUGCUAGAUGUUUACUACGAAAAUAAUAAGCGUUUUGGUACCAAAACUGAUGUAUCGAGUGAGCACUCGUAUGUGUUAUUCUUAUUUCUCCGUGCUAGUGGAAACAACCCCAAAUUCGUACUAAUUCUCAUAUUUUUCAUACAUACAGUAUCAUACGACUAGACGCAUUUUUACACCAAAAUAAGUCUUACUGUGCGCACAUAGAUUAAAUGUUUCAAAAGCGAAAUAAAUGACUACAAUAUUGAAUAAUAGAUUAAAUAUGACCUAAAUGGUCGCGGACUGUGCGGUUUAAAAGGAAUUUCCUUCCGCGGGCGCUUCGGCUGUGGAAUGAGCAUUCUGCUGAGGUUUUCCCGAGGGGCUACAGUAUGGGGUUCUUCAAAAAAGGAGUGUACAGGUUUUUAAAGGGCCGGCAACGCGCAUGUAAUAUCUCUGGUGUUGCAGGCGUCCAUAGGCUACGAACACUGCUUACGUUCAGGCAGGCAGUAUGUUUUUAGGGUUCCGUAGCCAAAUGGCAAAAAACGGAACCCUUAUAGAUUCGUCAUGUCCGUCUGUCUGUCCGAUUCUGUCACAGCCACUUUUUUCCGAAACUAUAAAAGCUAUACUGUUCAAACUUGGUAAGUAGAUGUAUUCUAUGAACCGCAUUAUGAUGUUUAUACAAAAAUAGAAAAAAAACAAUAAAUUUUGGGGGUUCCCCAUACUUAGAACUGAAACUCAAAAAUCUUUUUUCAUCAAACCCAUACGUGUGGGGUAUCUAUGGAUAGGUCUUUAAAAAUGAUAUUGAGGUUUCUAAUAUCAUUUUUUUCUAAACUGAAUAGUUUGCGCGAGAGACACUUCCAAAGUGGUAAAAAGUGUGCCCCCCCCCCCCCCGUAACUUCUAAAAUAACAGAAUGAAAAAUCUAAAAAAAAUAUAUGAUAUACAUUACCAUGCAAACUUCCACCGAAAAUUGGUUCGAACGAGAUCUAGUAAGUAGUUUUUUUUUAAUACGUCACAAAAAUUAAAAAAAAAAAUUUUUUUCAUCAAACCCAUACGUGUGGGGUAUCUAAGGAUAGGUCUUCAAAAAUGAUAUUUAGGUUUCUAAUAUCAUUUUUUUCUAAACUGAAUAGUUUGCGCGAGAGACACUUCCAAAGUGAAAAAAAGUGUGUCCCCCCCCCUGUAACUUCUAAAAUAACUGAAUGAAAAAUCUAAAAAAAAUAUAUGAUAUACAUUACCAUGCAAACUUCCAACGAAAAUUGGUUUGAACCAGAUCUAGUAAGUAGUUUUUUUAAUACGUCAUAAAUGGUACGGAACCCUUCAUGGGCGAGUCCGACUCGCACUUGGCCGCUUUUUUUCCACCGACGUGGUAUAAAAAAAUCUAAAUAUAUAUAAGAAAAUAAGUGUAAUGAAAAUUGACGGGCAAUUGCAUAUUGUGUCAUAACGAGAACCUAACAACUUGGAUUUCGUAUUUCGGUGCGUCGCCAACGACGAUUUUUGAUCUACCUUUAAAGAGCUGUAUAUUUUGAAGCACGUCAGGUAAGUAUUGAAAACUAUCAGGAAAUACGUGUUAUUGUUACUGGUAUUUCUUGCAUUAAUGGUUUUAAUAAUAAAAACAUAGGUCUCCAUACAAUGAAUGAAUAAGGGUAAUAUUGUACCUAUACCGCUAUGAAGAAGAAUAUUGGCCGCCAUCUGGAAAGUCUCACAUCCGUUCAUGAUUUCGACAGGGCAACCGCCAACCGGUAAAUUCGGAUUCAGCAGGGUCAAAUUAGGUUAAAAAACCCCGGUUGCUAAAAAGUAAUAUAACUUGCUAGUCAACUUCGAUUUUUUUUUUCAAAAAUAUGACCAGACUAUAAUUGUAACGACUUUUUGUCUAUGAUUGGGAUGUUCUGCACCUGUAUUCAUUUCUCAAAACAUUAAUAAUUGUUAACCGAAAAUUACUUUUUUGUUGAACUGGUGGAUAUUACUUACAGAUUGUUGCGUGCAUAUAUUUAAAUUAUAAGGCCACCCCGGUUUUUUAAAUGUUAUCCCUACGCACUCUUAUAUUCACUUUUAAUUUUACUAGUAUUGUAAUGACUAGUAGGCGUUUAGACUUACACACUUGUCCAAUCCAUUAAUGUAUGUGCUUAAGAGGGGGCCAACGCAAAAUUCUCAUUUUUAUUUUGAAUUGUUACAUGUUUCUACAAAGGCAAAUGGCAUAAAAAUGGCAUAUGGCAUAAACUUAGAUUAUAUUUGCAAGGGCACAUUCCAACUAAAACCAUGGUAAGUUAAAGUUUGCUUGAUUGAAAAAAUGUCGAGAACUUGUGUAAUUUUUAUUUAUUUUCAAUUAUAUACCUAUCCUUACCCUGCCUACUACAGUAGGAUAUUUUUUGUAUAAAAUAGCUAGUGAUAUAGCCGAGGGACGUGAAGAGCAAAAUUUAUGAGGUAAAACGUUAAAGAAAUAUUUGCGUGGCGCGCCAUAUCUUCUGUUCCUUUCUAAUUUCCUGGCCGUUAUAAUAGGAAAGGUGGUGCUAAUCUACGAAACACGUACCUACUACGAACACGUCUCUCUUUCUUAUACUCACACAGAGACGCUAUUCUCGUUUUUUUUUUUAAUUAUCUGCUUUUUAACGAAGUUGGCCAAUAUUUAGGGAUGGGGGUAAUAUUUUAGCUUUUGAUCGAAAUGCACUCUAUAGACGUCUACAACUAGCCUCUAUAAUCGUUCCUUUCCGCCAUAUUGCCAUGUGUCUGUUGUCGGGUAAAAAAUAUAAGAGUAUUGAUAAGUUUUAUGAAUGAAGGGGUAAUUAUCUCUUAAUAUUGUAUAUAUGGCGCAGGGUAAAAGAUGGCUAUUGUGAGGUUAGUUUGCAAGGUAACUUUGUAAAAAAAUGUCAUUGUAUUUAUGUUAAAAAACGAACUUUCUAUUUUAGUGUCAUAAUUACGGAACUGCAUUAAUAAUAGCAUUUCUUUAGAAAGUGUAAGGAAAAAUCGUGGUUUGAAUUUAAUAACCGUUGUAGAGGGUAUGCGGUAAUUCUGAUUGUAAGAAGAUGUUUGACAAUCGCGUGUACAAAAAAUGUACUUUCCUCUAUCUUAUCUUUCGUAUCUCUGACCACAGCAAGGAGCUUUCCUGAAAAUUAUUUAAAUUAACAAAUAAUGAAAAAAUGUGAGUUAACAUUCUUUCAUUUUUGUACUUUCAAUUUUUGUCAGAUAAUUAGCGACUCCUGUAAUGUGUUCUUUUAACACUCAUAAAGCAUAAAGCGCAGUUUAUGUGACUCGUUAAUCAUGUCUAGCACGUGGUAAAAUUAUGUUAGGUUUGUCAUAAUAGUCUUCGGCAAUAAUUCUUAAAACGAAUUGUUGUGUAUCGAUGGACCAUUCUUUGGUAACAAGAAGCAUCACUUGUAGUCAAAAUCUUGAAAACAUACAAUUAUACAUUUUAUAAAGUUUAGAUCGCGAGUUUAUGAAAAUCGUACCUAGUUCAUUUUCAGAGUAUAUUUAGUAAAUUUAACGAGACUAAAUGGGUUUUUAAUCAUAUAACUGGAUUGACAAAUCGCUACCUACUUACCCCUAUUCUUUCAAUUAACACCCUUGUUGCCAGCUCCGACAGGGAUGCGAACCUAAAAUGGAAGUACUUAAUUAUUAUAUAGGUACUAUUUUUUUAUUCAUUAAGUUGCUUGAUUGCUGGGAAUAUCUUUGAUGUAAAUAUUUUAGUAUUUAGUAUAUUUAAUAAAUACUUUAUUUUUAUGUAGGUACCUAUUGUAUAAAUAAAUAAUCUGCAUGCCAACCCCCAAUAGAUAUAACGGACGAAUAUAUGAAUAUAGGCGUUUGUUACAAAUGUUAAAAUAUAUUAUUACUGAACUUUUUUGGAAAAUUUGUCUAUAUAUAAACAUUCUACCAAUGCUAUAACGGUGUUAUUUUAACUCUUAAAGUAAGAACGCUAAGUACGAAGAAUGUCGUACAUUCACCCGCCAUUUACUACAUAUGUCUAUCACACGAUGCACGUUGAUGCCGAUGCCGGCGGUCAGCACUAUGCAGAUAUAUAAUUCUGCGUGUUGAUUGUUAAAUGCUGUUACGGAGUAAAGGGGCUUUUCACUCUACAGAGUUACGAAUAGUUUAUACUUAGCCAUCCCAAUUUUAAGGGCAUGAUAUAUGCCGACAAACAUAUUCCCACACCAUAUUUAGAAGUAUAGGAAGUAAAAAAAAGAAAGUUACAAUUACACAUGAAAUGAACUGAUUUCAGUUGUCAAUGGGGUUUUCAAACGCCAUUUAAACAAGGUUGAUUAUAUAAAUAAGUACAAACAUACCAUUCAAGAUUUUUAUUUCAAAUAACGAAUCAAUAGGUAUAAAAGACAAUACUGGAAAUAAAUUUUACUUUAUACCAUACAUUACAAUAGGUACAAUGGAUGAUAUGAUGUAAAGUAUUUAUUGACACAUGUAUGGAAUUUGUUAUUAAUAAUAAGUAUACCCUACUGCAGGCAUGCUACAAUAAGUAUGCUUAAAUGAAGCAUUAAGUAUAAUAAGUAUGCUUAAAUGUUAACAUUAAUUCCUUCUCCGUAAGUGGUAUGCGACUGGUUAAAACGUCCUCAUAACGUAAACGUGAAACGUAGUUAAACGACUAAUAUAUCAGUGCGAGUACUGUCAAGUUACUAAGGUGAACCGGUGUCUUGACUAUGAAAAUAAAGUACUUUAUCCAAACUGUUCUUACUGUUUGUAAUAUUUUAAAUAUUACAUUGACGGUUCGAUAUUGCUUAUUAAUUGUGUAAAACCUAUUAACAAAAAUCGUAAGGGGAAAGGGCACAAGUGUAUAAUGUAAAGUGAAGGUACGAUUUCUAUAACAUGUAUCUAUUAAGAUAUUUUAAUGUAAUUAUUAACUACAAAUGUUUUAACUAAUUGCAACGGUUGUAUGAUUUAAGUGCAAAAUAAAUAUAAAAUAUGUAUUUUGUACACUGUAAGAAUCUCAAUGUAUGUAUACAUGUAGGUACCUAUAUUUAAGCAUUUACUAUAUUAUUAUAUACCUUAGUGUAAAGCUACAGCGCCUAUAGAAAUUUGCAUGGUACACGUGUAUUUUAGAGAUGUUUAGAUUGUCUGCUAUGAACAUCAAUGUUGUUACUGUGUACUUUGUAGCAUUACAUAUUUUUAAGGCCUGGAUUUGGUGAUGUGCAAAUAAGACAACUAUUUAUUCCUAAUUGUAAGCAAUAGUAUUUAAACGCGAAAUGUAUUUUAUGACAAAUUAAUAGAAACAAAUAGAUCAUUAUUUGUAAAUCUAGCAAGUACGGAUAAACUUCACGACGGUUUCGUGCGCUUUUGUAUCGGUAAUCCGUAUUUCAUUCAUUUUAAUUCAUUAGUAAAAAAAUAUUAACUAGGUUAAGUUUCGGAAUGAUCUCAGUGAUGCACAGUAUUCGAUGUAUUUUAUUUCUGGUCUGCAUCAGCCAUUGUUAUAAGUGUAAGAAAUAAAGUUAGGCAAUGUGUCAUUUGUAUACAUUUCUUUCUCAUAGUUUUAAGAUAGCAAUCAAUCUCGUUAUUUUGUUGCUAUUUAAAUGGCACAUGAUUCUUUACAUAACAGCCCACAACAAUGUCGAAGGUAAUUCUCAUUACCUUCCAACAAGUACCUUCCAUUUACUUCCUGUUUCUUUUUAACCUCUAAAUAAUGCUAUUAAGGGUUAUUCCCAUUAGUUACGACUAAGGCGUUACCAGUGGUAACAACUGAGAAUAAAUUCCCACUAAAGUGAUGUGGUGGUAACUACUAGGUAUAUUUUCUCAGUUGUUACCACUGGUAACAACUUGGUAGAAUUACCCAAUGGUAAUAACCCGUUAUUCAUGGCUGCCUCCAGACUUCAAAGACAGUGUUUUGGUAACAAUAUAAGUACAUUUAAUUAAAGGCACGUACCAUUUACGCUAUGAAAUCUCGUAGGUAACUUGCUACCUUGUAAUACACCUAUCUACUAAUAAUUGCCCGUAAUCAGACUAGCCUAUUACUUAAUAUAUGGAUUGGUGCGUAUAAAUGUCGGGGAUUAAGAAGGGUUUAUCGAUUUUGUACUUUUUUAGUGUAACUGCCCAGGAUUCUUAAAGAUGCAUUUUUUCCGUUUUCUGGAGUAAUCCUUCCGCGUAUACACAUUAACCUACAUUAUACUGGCAUAAGUGAUCAUUGACAAUUAGGUAAUGUCUUAGAUUGAUCGGGCUCAUUAUGUUAAUAUAAGUUAUGGAUCUGGAGACCAAGCACACUGCUGGAGAGCGUGCUCAAGUUGUGUGUUUAGAUCAAAUUACUAACAGUCAUGGUAUGUUUACUUAUGCCCACGUAUACCUACCGAAAGGCCUAAUUGUAGGAUUACAUUAGUGUCCGAAUAGCGGCAAUCUAUUUCCCUGCUUAGAUAGCUUAAUGAGUUUGCAUACCUACUUGAAGGUGGUACCCCGGCACAUGAGUGUAUUGUUAGUUGAUAUUAUUGUAGUUAAAAUUGAUGUGAAAUAUAUUUACAAAUUGUUUAAAUAAUUUGAUGAAUUCUAAUAAAUUCUACGACUGAAACAUUCUACGCAACCCCUACUUCAUUAUGAACAGUUUCGUCAUAUGUUGAGAGCUCUUUUAGUCUUGUAAGCGUUAGGGCAAAGCGUCCAGUUGGCCUGGUGACGACGCAUGUUUUUCAAUUGUCUGUAAUUCCUGUUUCAUUCAUGAAAGAAAUGCUCAUUUUUUGGCAACAUUCUUUUUAUACUGAAGAAAAUGUGAUCUAUCGGGAAAACAAAAAAAAAAAGUGAUGUUCAUUAAGGUUAACUGCUUUAGACAAUACCAACAAAUGUUUGAAAAACAGUAAACUUAACUGUUUGAACAUUUCUAAGUAUUGAAAAAAUGAUAAAUAUGAACGAGCAGUCACUACAUUUACGCUACUCAAAAUAGUAAAAUUUAGGUACUGUCUCUUCGGAACAGUAAGAUUUACUGUUUUGUUUGAUAGGCUAGUAUGGAACUGUUUAGCAUUAAACGUUAAUGCAAUUUCAAUUGUUUUUAAUUGUUUUUUUUUCUCUGUGCAAGGUUGAACAUUCAAUUGUACCUAAUUAGUAGGUAUUAAGUAUCAUUCUUUGCAUUGUCAUUCGUUAAUUAAUCUGAUAAUACGAGUAAUAUAAUACCUAGCCAUUCUGUCACAGACCUACUUGUAGCUCGGUAUUUACGUAUGUGCAAAAUUAUUAUUUAUUAUUAAUUAAUGAUUAACGGGUAUUUUGUAAAAAAGGUUCGCAUUUAGUACUGAUCCAACGAAGGCCAAUGAUAGAGAACCAAGAGAUACCGAUUUGAGCCUCAUAUAUGUUAAUAGCCAAUUAAUGGUCUCGAAGAAAUCGUCAUAACAUUUUGUGUCUACUAUGCGAGAUGACCGAGAAACCUAUAUGCUUUGGUCACGUAAAGUACAUAAACAACGCCCCUGAACUGAAACAACGCUUAAACUACUAAGUACAGUCAGCGUCAAAUACUUCGUAGCAGUCAAAGUGGCCAAAUAGUUCGGUACACCAUACUAAAUAUAUGGUGUACCGAACUAUUUGGCUACUUUGACUGCUACGAAGUAUUUGACGCUGACUGUACUAGUUAAUUGUUUACGUUACUAGCUCUUUGUUUCCCAGGUGUACUUGGUUAGACAUUCUAUUCCCAUUUAAAUAUUCCAGAACGCUAUUUAAUAUUUAUUAAUCAUUAACACGUUCACUGCUCCCAUAUAUAUGGCAACUCACACGUACAACUGUGCUUCCACUUUGAAUUUAUAAAUAGUGUCAUAGUGGAAGCACGGAGUCCUGAAAAAAGCUUCACGACUCCACAUCGGGGGGCACCCAGACAGGGAAUGUGUUAACCUUAUGGUCCUGGCCAGUAGAUUACUUACAAUGAACAACUCUCAUUAUACUUGCCGAAUUAAGAGUUCUUUCAUGAAUUAAUAACACAAAAAAUAGAUUAGGUACUUACAUCCACAUUAUAAGGCCAGCAGGACGUUUAAAGCGUAAACGUUUUAUAAAUUCUAAAGAAAUACCUACUGUUGAUUAAAUAUUGUACCUAGUACGUAGUUACGUAAUUAUAAUUUAGUUAUUUCAAUAAAGGCAGAUGUGUUAAUA